UACUCUGCGCUCAACGCCUCAUUUGCGUUACGUUUGUUUGAGUCUUUGAGAUGGAAGAACCAAACAUUCUCCCUCUCUCUCUCUCUUAUUUUGCUUCCAUCUCCAUCAAAACAACCAACUGAAGAGAAGAAACAAUGUCGGUGAUCGAGCUUCUCUUCCGUGUCGACUCCAUUUGCCAGAAAUAUGACAAAUACGACAUUGACAAGCAGCGCCAGCUCAAUGCCUAUGGCGAUGAUUCCUUCGCUCGCCUCUAUGCGACAGUCGAGUCCAUCAUUCAAGCUGCUCUCAAUAAAUCUGAGGCUGCUUCCACGGAGAAGAAUAGGGCGGCGGCUGCCGCGUUGAAUGCGGAGGUUCGUCGUGCCAAGGGUAGAUUGAUGGAUGAAAUUCCUAAACUCCGCAAACUCGUCAAUAAGAAGGUUAAAGGUCUCACAAAUGAAGAAAUGACCAUACGUCAGGAUCUUGUUAUGGCAUUGCCAGAAAGAAUCCAAGCAAUACCAGAUGGUAUUACUGCUGCUGCUAAUCAUACUGGAGGAUGGGAUGCUACCUCAUCACACCCCCAUAUCAAGUUUGAUUCAUCAGAGGCACAUUUGGACAGUGAGUAUUUCAACCAAAGUGAAGAAUCCAAUCAGUUUCGACAAGAGUAUGAAAUGCGCAGGAUGAAACAGGAUGAAGGACUUGAUAUCAUAUCAGAGGGACUGGCUACCUUAAAAAAUUUGGCUCAUGACAUGAAUGAGGAAAUAGAUCGGCAAGUUCCUCUAAUGGAUGAAAUUGACACAAAGGUGGAUAAGGCAACGGCUGAUGUGAGAAACACUAAUGUCAGGCUGAAGAAUACCCUCACCCAGCUGCGGUCAAGUCGAAAUUUCUGCAUUGACAUUGUCUUGAUGUGUGUUCUUCUGGGAAUCAUUACCUAUAUAUACAAUGCAUUGAGGUAACUUGAUCUCGAAGGUCUUUCUCUUGGUGUACCUUGGGAGCCACGGUAUUACAUCCUCCUUACAUUAUCUGAGGGCUUACUUUGUAAUUUUCCAAUAUUAUGGUUCAGCUGCUGGAGGAUGGCAACAUACAUAUGAUGAUCUAUGUGCCUUGUAAUUCUUUCAUGUAUUAAUGUGUCACUUGGAUAUGUCAUCACUCUUUCCUAUAAGUACCUUUUAUUGCUUA